CAUUAUUUUGUACUAUCUGCUUGUUUCCUACGGACCAUGGGCCUCCAUAGUUAUAGCCAGCCAUCAGAUUCAUCCCGAGAAUCUCUUAGUUCUUAUGGACCUGUUUAUCCCGGGCCAAUGUCCUUUGAAAAUCUUGGUAUUCCUCGUCACUGUUACUGCGGAGGGACGGUCAUACUUGCUAAUUUACUAUCCGAGGACAACCCUGGCAGGCUGUUUUAUCAGUGCGAGAAGAGAGAUGACCGCCCUGGGCGCCAUCUAGUUAAAUGGUUCGACGAAGCAUUUAUGGACGAGAUUUCAGCGGUUAAGUGCUCUAUUAGGGAACAGGAAGAACACCUUAAGUUCCUACUUACCGCCCCUAACGGUGAGCACAUGGAUCUUGCGUUGAUGUGCGAUCGUCUGGACCUUUACCAGCAAGACAUUAAAUUGCUUCAGCAGAAUUUAUGUCUUUUGCAACGCUCCCCUCGUUCCAUUGUCGACGUCGCUCGUUCGUGUCCUAAAAUCAUCGUUCUCGUCCUCGCGGUUAUUGUCCCCGUAGCCGCGUUCGUGCUUGGCACUUAUAUGUAAGUAUCGAUUGUCCUUCUUGUUGGUAAGUCAUGUUACCGACACUUAGGACCCCUUAUUCUCUCUGGGAACGCUGGCAUGCGUCUCGCACUUGAUCCUUCUGUUUUGCGGGAGACUUCUCUCGCUCUCCUUGAAGCGCAUCCUCAAAAUGUUUUCAUUGGUUCACCCAUUCACUUCUUUGUUUUACGAUGUGUAAAGGCUGGGAAUCCUGCUGCUUGUUACUUAGAGAGCAUUAGGCUCGCUGCAGUUGAAGGUUUAAUCAAAGAAGCAAUGGACAUGCUCGAUCAUAUACCCGAUCCAUCCCACAAAAUUCUUUUCACCAGGGGUCUCUACCUUGUCUCUGUUAAUAGACCUAAGGAUGCCAUCAUCGCCAUGAAUCUAUUCAAACAAGAAGUUGUCUCUUCUCGCAACGCUGAUCGUGUGGCCACGCUUGUCAUAACCGAUAUUAAGAAGAUCGCCCCAGCCCAACUUAGAUUCAACUGGACUGGCUAUACGUGCUACUUGAUCCAUCCCCCUCGUCGAUAUUCAAAAUGUUCCAACUGUAAUUUUUGGAACCCCUGUCCUCUCUGUGUUAAUUGGUGGGUCUUAUGAUUUGUUUGUUUUUACUUUAUAUGGUCUCCCAUCUAUUUUUGUUUUCGCAGCCCAUUUAUAUAAUAAAUAUAUAUAGUUUUU